AUGUCAAAUGAUGACUGGACUAUUUCACAUAAUUUAAGUGAGUCAAAACAGAUGACAAUGAAUAAUCAAUUGUUUCGAGGUCGUGUUACCAAUGUUCCCGAUAAUAAAUCAAAUUCAGUGCGAGUCUUCAUCAGUUCUACUUUUACAGUAACAGCAAAAGAAAUUUAUCAAGCAUUGAACAACAAUAAAAAUCAACCGCAACGUAUAGUUGCUUUCUUUCGUGAAAUAGAAGAUAUAGAUCAUUUUGACUCGAAACUCAAAGUGAAAUUUAGUGAUACAAAUGAUGAACAUGGUGAAUCAGUAUUAACAGACUUGAAAACUUUUAUCGAAACUGAACUUGGUCCGAAUAAUAUAUUCACAUAUCGGAUUAAAUGGACAGAUGAAUCAAGUAGAAUGAAAUACCUAGCUGAUUUUAAAGACGAUUUCUACAAUGCUAUAAAAAAUCAAAUUGAUUAUCAUAUGAAACAAACUCGAACAAAAGAUAUUUUGUACGACGAAGUUGUGGAACAUGCAAUUCAAUGCAGAAUGCUUAAUGAACGAUAUUUUCCACGUGAUAACAUACUUGCACAGGCUUCAACGUGGUUUCCGAAAUCAAAUUCUGUCUCCAUCAUAUUACGUUUUCUUGGUACAACACCGUUAUCAAGUGACAUUCGUCAACCACUAAUCUCGAUGAUGAAACAAAUCUGUGCUAUCUAUGAUAUUGAACCUUCUUCUAUCAGUGAAUCAACAAAAAUUGAGGAAUUAAAGAAAACAUUUGAACAAAUUUUGACUCGAAUUCCGACAGAUGAAACACUUAUUCUUCUCUUUGAUUCUAUCGAUCAACUACAAAUUGAAAACUACGAUUGCUCAAAAUGGUUACCAAUCAGCUAUCCACAAAAUAUCAAGUGCAUCUUAUCUACUAUACCGAUGAUUUCUGAUGAAAGAAAAGAUCCUCCAGAAAAGUAUGAAAUUCUUGAUGGAUUAAAAUCACUUCUCGACGAUGCUCCAAUGAUUGAGAUAACUGUAUUCGAUGAAGAUUUAGCUGAGAAUGUAUUUCAAUCAUGGUUAAAACGUGAUCGCCGAUGUCUUACUUCACUUCAAAUGAGUUGGUUACAGCCAAAACUUCAAUCUCGUACUGUUUACACUGGAUUGUUUACUACUGAAUUAGAACCUACGCCAUUGUUUCUAUCCUUGAUAUAUGAUAUGACGCUUACAUGGCAUUCAUACGAUGAAAAUUCUGACGAAAAUUUUUUGAACAUAAAAACAAGCAAUGAUGCCAUAGACUAUUUAUAUUCUCAGUUAUCGAAGAAGCACAACGAAGUGUUCUUCAAACGAGCGAUGGCUUAUCUUCAACAAGGAGGUGGUCUUUCUGAGAUCGAACUAGAAGAUAUGUUGAGUGCUGACAAUGAAGUUCUUCAAGCUAUAUUUGUUCACUAUCUUCCGCCAAUUGACAUUUUUCGAAUACCGAGUACACUAUGGAUUCGUAUCCGCAAUGAUAUGCAAAAAUAUCUUGUAGAAAAAGAUGUCGAUAAUACAUCCAUAAUCUAUUUGUGA